AUGCAUUUGUCAACACAUACUUGGAUGCGACCCGAGCCGUUGGAGACGACGCUCAAACGCAUCAGUCGCCUCGGAUACUCCAGCAUCGAGCUCGCCGGUGAACCUGCUCUUUACUCGGUCGCAGAAGUUCGCCCACUGCUUGCCAAGUACAACAUCAAAUGCUGGGGCGCAGUCACAACACAGUACGGCUCCCGAGAUCUGAUCGCCUCGGACGGACAGCAGCGACAGGACACAAUCAAGUACAUGAAGGAAGUCGUCGCCUUGUCGGCUGGCCUCGGCGGCCAAAUAGUCACCGUUGUGCCGUCCACCGUCGGCAAACUGGUACCCACGUCUACACCGGAGAACGAAUGGAGGUGGGCCGUGGAGGGUCUCCGUGAAGUGGCGGCCUUUGGCAAGGAAAAGGGCGUCAGAAUCGCACUGGAGCCACUUAAUAGGUUCGAGACAUACUUUUUGAACCGAACCGACCAGGCCCUGGCUCUCGCGCGAGAGGUGGGCUACGACUGCGGGAUUGCGUUUGAUGUCUUUCACUUGGCGUUGGAGGAGCGUGACAUGUAUGCGGCAAUGCGGGCUUGUGGCCGACACAUUGCCAACGUCCACGUCGCUGACAACAAUCGCCUUGCGCCCGGCGAUGGAUCUUUUGACUGGGCCAAGAUCAUGUCGGUGCUGGCUGAGACGGGAUAUGACGGGGGAGUCGCUGUCGAGUUCAUGCCCCCGAUUGACCGCACAGCAGUAGGCAACUUUGGCCAAGACCAGCUGGAGAAGGAGAUUACGGAUGUUACUCCUGGUCAAUUGCAGUUUAUCAUUGACCACGGAUCAGGUCUGCUGUCCGAAAGCUACUACACGGAGCUGAUGAAACGCUCCGCUGAGACUAUGUUGCCUUAUAUGAAGUAGCUAAUUACUGUCGGAGACACCAAGACCUGUAUUUUAAGCGUCUCACCUGCUCUGUCUCAGGUAGUUGAUCGUCUUGCCUUUCAGUUUCAACGCCGCACCCCUCUCUAGCCACGAAUUUCAGAGGACCAGCGGGGGGCCGGUGUUAGCCAAAAGUGC